GUUUCAUUGUGGCCCUGCAGAGCUAACGCCAUCACACGCAGCGGCUACGACGAGCAGCACGGCGACAUCAGGGCCACCACAGCAGCGCAGUCUUUAUCACUGUCAAACCGUUUCAUCAUAACGGGGAUGGAAUACACAGCUGCGGAUUAUUAGACGCGUUUAAACAGGGCCUCUGUUUUGGCGGCGCACAAAGCAAUGUGGAGGAAAUAAAGAAAAUCCUGAUACGCUGAAAACCAGAGACUAUAGAUAAUGGGCUGUGUGCAAUGCAAGGAUAAGGAAGCAACCAAACUCACAGACGACAGAGACACCAGCAUCUCCCAGGGAGCGGGCUACCGCUAUGGGGCCGACCCCACGCCACAGCACUACCCCAGCUUCGGGGUCACCGCCAUCCCCAACUACAACAACUUCCACGCCCCUGUCGGACAGGGGAUGACCGUCUUCGGUGGGGUCAGCACUUCCUCUCACACUGGAACCCUGAGGACUCGUGGUGGGACAGGAGUCACCCUCUUUGUGGCACUUUAUGACUACGAGGCGCGGACAGAAGACGACCUCAGCUUCAGGAAAGGAGAAAGGUUCCAGAUUAUCAACAGCACUGAAGGGGACUGGUGGGAUGCUCGCUCGCUCACCACCGGUGGCAGUGGCUACAUUCCCAGUAAUUACGUGGCUCCAGUGGACUCCAUCCAGGCUGAGGACUGGUACUUUGGGAAACUGGGCCGUAAGGAUGCAGAGAGGCAACUGCUGUCCACUGGAAAUCCUCGAGGAACGUAUCUCAUCCGGGAGAGUGAAACCACAAAGGGUGCCUUCUCCUUGUCCAUACGGGACUGGGACGAUGUGAAAGGUGAUCAUGUCAAACAUUAUAAGAUCCGCAAGCUGGACAGUGGCGGCUACUACAUCACCACCAGGGCUCAGUUUGACACACUGCAGCAGCUGGUUCAGCACUACUCAGACCGAGCCGCCGGGCUCUGCUGUCGCCUGGUGGUUCCCUGUCACAAAGGGAUGCCACGCCUCGCCGACCUGUCUGUUAAAACCAAAGACGUGUGGGAGAUCCCGCGGGAGUCGCUGCAGCUCAUCAAGCGUCUUGGGAAUGGGCAGUUUGGGGAGGUCUGGAUGGAGAGUGCAGAUGGUUUGUGCUUUAAUUUAACGGGCGUGUGUGUGAACUACAUCCCUGACACUGUGGGCUUGAGUCAUGAUGCCUGGGAGAUCAGCAGAGACGCACUUGAUUUGGAAGUAAAGCUGGGCACAGGAUGUUUUGCUGAUGUGUUUUACGGAACGUGGAACGGCACCACCAAGGUGGCAGUGAAGACUCUGAAGCCUGGCACCAUGUCCCCCGAGUCCUUCCUGGAGGAGGCUCAGAUCAUGAAGAAACUCCGCCAUGACAAGCUGGUGCAGCUGUACGCCGUGGUGUCUGAGGAGCCCAUCUACAUUGUCACGGAGUACAUGGGCAAAGGAAGCCUGCUGGACUUCUUGAAGGACGGAGAGGGACGAGGGUUGAAGCUGCCGAACCUGGUGGACAUGGCAGCACAGGUGGCGGCAGGCAUGGCCUACAUCGAGAGGAUGAACUACAUCCACAGAGACCUGCGCUCCGCCAACAUCCUGGUGGGAGACAACCUGGUGUGCAAGAUCGCCGACUUCGGCCUUGCCAGGCUCAUCGAAGACAAUGAAUACACCGCUCGGCAAGGUGCAAAGUUCCCCAUCAAGUGGACCGCCCCUGAGGCUGCGCUGUACGGGAAGUUCACCAUCAAGUCAGACGUGUGGUCGUUUGGCAUCCUGCUGACAGAGCUGGUCACCAAGGGUCGGGUGCCUUACCCAGGCAUGAACAACCGUGAGGUGCUGGAGCAGGUGGAGCGAGGCUACAGGAUGCCGUGCCCCCAGGACUGCCCCAUCUCGCUGCACGAGCUGAUGCUGCAGUGCUGGAAGAAGGACGCCGAGGAGCGGCCCACCUUCGAGUACCUGCAAGCCUUCUUGGAGGACUACUUCACAGCCACCGAGCCUCAGUACCAGCCUGGGGACAACCUCUAGACCCCCCCCCCUAACGCUCGGGGUCGGCUCGGGGCUGGGGCAGGACUGGCUGAAUCAGUGCUGUUACAAAACUCUGGAGCCUUCCCAGCCUGCCCUUUAUUUUAGGGAUCUGUACAGCUUCCUCAGCUCAACCCGAGCAUUUCAGUUCCAACACCAACCCCCAAAACACAACCCUCGGUCUCCGACACACCCCCCCAGUGUCUGAACUCUGCAAACGCGAUAAGUAGGGAAGUUGAGGAGGUGGGAUGGAGGAUGGACGGAGUGAACUGGGGUUGUGAUAAUGCAAUGUAUUCAGUGUAAAUAAGAAAGGCUUGUUUUAGUUUAUUUGUUUGCUUUAAGAUUUUAUUUUCUCCUGCACAAAAUAAUAAUAAUAAUGAUAAAAAUGAUAAAGGAAGAGAACCAUUUCAGACGAGCACCUGAGCAGGCACAGUUAAUCUGUAAGUGUAUUAUACUGUUGCUCCUGUAUUAUUUUCUAGAGAUGGAAUUGACCCUUCACUAAGUCCCGCCCCCCGCCUACUGUUGUCAAGCUUGUCAAGCAUUCACACACACAUGUCAACUUCAUUUUGCUGUUUUACAGACGUCUUUUUCAAAAUUAAGUCUAUGGGAAAACGUCUUUCUGGGUCCCAUUGCAUAACGUGACGGACCUGGGGCCUCAUUUAUAAAACUCUGUGGAGAAUCUGCACUAAAUGUUUGCAUACGUAUAAAUGAGUAAAUGUACGUAAACCAAAAAAUAUUCAGAUUUGUGAAAGAGUGCGUACACCUGCCAGUACGCAACCUUCUUUUAUAAAUCCCAAAUUAACUUGGAAUAGUCCGCAUGUGGACCAGCCUCAUAUCCCGCCCUCGCCAUGCCCACGCUCAACCAUAAAUGGUCAGCGCACAGCACCUCGUUAAUGUUGAUGCACAUGCAUGAGCCAGCUGAUCAAUGGUUCUUUAUGGUGGAUCAUGGCAACGAGUGAGAGGAAAACCAAGAAAACGAAUAUUCCUGACGCAGAAAUCGAGGUGCUCGGUGGUGUGCUUGAGUUUAGAAAGCACGUAACCUCUUGCUUGUUGGGGAGUGGGGUCCCAAACUAAAGAAAAGACAGCAAGUGGGAACAUGUUGUUCAUCAGUUAGCCAGGGAAACGUGGUCGAGGUGAAAAUGACUCAGUAUAUUUAUGGUUAUUGUUGGGUAAAGGAAAGCCAAACUUUCUUGAACCCUGUCAUGUGGUUGUUAACGGGUUUAACAACAAAGUCGAGCCAUGUCGGUGAGUAUGUAAGUUUGUUGGGACCUUUUAAUGGUUUAGUGUCAGAUGUUAGCCGCUGUUGCUGUGUUAGCUUGUGCUAACUGGGCACAUGUUGCAUUGAGACAGUCUCUCAGCAUUCUGCUAACCCAUGUAAUGAUAGUAACAGAAAGUCUGCUGAUCCCGGGGGGGAGUUUGGGCGUCCAGAAUGCUCUUAAGUAAUCAGCGCUAAAUCUGAGGCAACAUCUCACAAAGCACAGGAACAGCAUGCUAGCUUUAGCAAAUUUAAGAUUUGAAAACAAAAACAAACAAAAAAAAAAAAUCCAAAUCUCAAAAUUUAAAACCGCAUACCUACCCACAAAUGUCCAAAUAGUCCAGUAUUCAGGUCCAGUCAAGGUGCUAACAUGUUAAGCUAGCUAACGUUAGCUUGUGUCUUACCAUGGAGCACAUAUAGGAGUUUUUGUCGAGCUUCAUUGAAUUCAGCUGUGAGUGACGUCUUCCACACUGUUUAAUCCAAAUUUGACAUCUCUCCUCUUGUGUUUUUGGCUUCGGAAAAGUGAAAAAUAAAAUACCUCCCUCUUAACUUUAAGGAUAUCUGCUGUUGGACUCGCAGAUGCCCUAUGUCUCUUCCCUUGCUCUGAAAGCUUGACAGGCCUCCCAUGCCUAGCUACGGUUAGGUUAACGUAGGUCUGAACAGUGGCCAUUGUGCGGAGGGGCUUAGCAAAGGGUCAACUGAAAGCCUCCAUAUAUAUUUUUCUCAUUUUUCAUAAUGUGUAAAAAAAAGUUCUGCCCCAGAUUAUUGCUUUAUUCCUAACUUUUCAGUUGGUAGUAUUGCAGAGGCUUCUUCAGAUGAGCAUGACGCAGUCCUCCAUCAGCUGUUUUUUUAUUUUCCUGCACCCCCCUUCCCCCCAAAGCUUCCUCAGAGCGCUCGUUGUUAGGCUGCUGUACGGAACAAGGUUCUUUUACAAAUGAUAUAUGUCACAUUUUUUUAAAUUACAGCUGAGCGUGUAAGGGUUUUGAACAUAUCCCUCCUUGCUUAUGAUUUUUGAGAAGUUUUGGGUGGAAAAUAUUUCUGUCUUUCUACCACGAGUGUUGUUUUUGUUUGGCUGGAGGAAAGAGAGGUUGAGUUAAUUUAAGAAGAGAGUAUGUAUGUCUUAUUUGAGCUGUCAUUCCGAGGCCGCUCCUAGUCAGCACAAUUAUUUUCGGGGAAGUCGGUGUGGUCGGUGGCGUUUUCCUCAUGUCCUGCACGUCCACUUGAGCCUGCAGAGCGCGGACCUGCAGCUGAACCUGGACCACCUCACCUCCGGAGUUAUUUCUUCUUUUAUGUUUUACUGACAAGGUUAUAUUCUCUCAGUAUUUGAGUCUUUGGUUUUUACAGAGUAUGUUUUUAUUUAACCCUUUUAAGUGAUCCUUUCAGACUCAGUUGUACUGUAUGUUCAGAGGAGGCUUGGGGCCAGUUCAUGUUGCGAUUCAGAACAGAAACUGCAGAUUUUAAGGUUUGAAUUCACAAAGAAACUCGCUGAAUUGAAAAUGAAUUGAACCCAGCCUCCUUCUGGUCUUAAUGCAGACGGUUUCGUGGCCAAUGGAAGCCCCUUCCAUUUUUUCAGUUGUACAGCUAAAUGGUUUUAAGUGUCGCUAACGUCCCUCCUUUAUAUCUUUUCAUUUCCAUUUUUUAACAUAACUUGUUUUUGUUAAUUCAGUGAUUUGGCGUUUGAAAUUCAAAAAAGAACAAUAAACAUUUUACACUCUUUCCAAGACACUUCCUUUUCCUUAUGCCAGUGUUUGCCAUCUUUUUUCAGUCUCCAGGAAGCACCCCCAGAGUCUGAUAGCACCACACCAGAGUAGCAAAUGCGGUGGUACUCUGGAACCUCUGGUUUUAGAUUUACAGAGGGCGUUAUCGAUGUCCGUAGACUAAAAUGCCUCUGGAUGCAAUUGAAUAGAUCUACAACUAGUCACAGCCAUGAAAUGUUAUGUAGCUCUAAGGGACAGACAAAUGUAAAGAGACUACAGCGUGCCGAGAUGAGCUGUGAUGGUGUAACAUCAACAUGUCUGUGAACUUCUCCCACAGUCCAAAGACAUGCAGGUAAGUUUAAAUGGUGACUUUUUGCUUGUAGAUGUCAGUCGUCUGUCUCUAUGCGUGAGCCCUGUGAUAGUCUUAAGGUUUCACAAGUUGUCAGUCAUCACCUGAAACACACCUUAUCUUACAUAAGCAGUUGUGCUCAACCCAACCCAUCUGAGGCAGGCGAGAAACCUGUCUGAAUGGGAGAGGAGCCAGAGGAAUCUGACGGAGCAAAUAAAACAUCUUGCUUGCAAAUUUGUCUGGUCCCAACACUUAUCAGAAAAUGUUUUUUAACUGUUUUCACAGUUUUAGACAUGCUCCUCAUGAGGAGUAGUGAACCUGAGUGUUAAACUGGUAGAGUGCCCCUUUAGU